GCCGCCGCUUUACGGCAGCUCCUCCCGGGCCCGCCGGCGGCGGCUGCAGCGCGAUGAAUUUUUACGACGCGUUUCGCGGCUUCUUCGGGUUCCCGGGGCGCUGCAGGCCCCGGGACCCGCUCUUCGGCGGCACGGCGUGGGACGAGGAGGAGGAGGAGGAGGAAGAUGACGGCCCGUCUCUGGCGCAGCCCCCCCCGGACUUCGCCUUCGGCUUCGGCUUCAGCCCCGGCGGCUCCCGCGGCGCCUUCGAGGGGCUGUUCCGGGACGUGGGCGAGCUCCUGGGGGUCUUCGGGGGGGCCUGGCCCGGGGCUCCGCACCCCAUCGAGCCCCCCCAGCCCGGCCCCAGCGAGCCCGGCGCGGGGCGGCCGCUGCGGGAUUCUAUGCUGAAGCAGCCGGAUGGUUCCGCUUCCAGCGCAUCCCCGGAGGGUCCCGAGCACCGCAGUGACCCGGCCUGGCCCUGGAGACCCUUCCCGGGGCUGGAAGACGCUCGCCCGGCUCCUCCUGGCCUCAAGGAAGACCAAGAUCUGGACUCCCAGGUCUCCUCGGCGGGGCUGGGGACCAUCCUGAGACCCGAGGAGCCCAAGUCCCGCUCUUAUUUCCAGAGCGUCUCGGUCACCAAAGUGACUCUCCCGGAUGGGGCGGUGGAGGAACGCCGGACCGUGCAGGAUAGCCAGGGCCGCCGAGAAACGACGGUGACGCGCCGGAGGGGAGACCAAGCCUUCAUCACCACCACCAAGGAGGACGGGCAGAGCAAGGACUACCGGGAAGAGGUGGUCAACAUGGACGACCGGGAGCUGGCGCAGUUCGCGGGCACGUGGCCGCAGCCAGACGAGCUCCGUGCUCCCAACCUGAGCGACCCCUCGUCCACGCUGGGCAGCUUCUUCCGACGCUGGUUCUCCAGCUGGUAGCUGUGGACCUCCCCCCUCCAACCCCAGCUGAGCACCCUAUGGGUCAGAUCCUGCUGGGAGCUGGCGCCCAGGCUGGGGGCUCCCCACCUUCGGGGGAGCCGUGGGGGCUGAGCGCGCGUGCGUGUGUGCAGAGCAAUAAAAUCUAUUUAUGCUAA